ACUUUGUUGAUCGUGUAGAGCAGCUUGGAAUUUUUCUUGUUUGUGUUUUCAAGUUUUUAUAUCGAACAGAUUGAUUUAUCAAUAUUUAUUACUGCAUGGAACAAGUGGAGCAAUCAAAUUGUAAUGAAACGGAAACAGAAACCAGCCUUAACGAAAAAACUAUUGCUUUUGUCAGAGAAAAUACAAUCUUAUACGACAAAACAAUGAGAGCAUACAAAUUAAAUAAUAAUAAAAAUAAGUUGUGGGAGCAAUUAGCUGCGGAAACCGGCUUAGAAGCUAAAUCGUUAACCACCCGUUGGCGAUCUCUCAGAGAUCGGUUCGUUGAAGAAUUAAAAGCUCGUUCAGCGCAUCGAUCAGGUGCAGAAAGGUACGAUAGAGAUAACUCAUCAACCAGUAACUAUACUGAUGCUAGUCAAAGCACUGACUUUCAUGACAUGGUUGAAGAACAUUUGGAGCGAAAUCCAGAGGGAAGUGAAGAACGAGACCAGACACCAUUUUCGACACCAUCAACAAGAAAACGAAAAGCGGAAGAAAUUGACAACAAAAUGUCUACCUUGCUCGACAAGUAUAUCGCCGAUGAAGGAAGAAAAAUGGUUUAA